GUCUGAAAAAGCUAACUGAAACAUUCACUGGAGAGAAAGUAGCCUAUGACCCCCUGAAAUGUAAUGGACUAGAUAGAAACUGCAUAAAAUGGAAAUGUUUUGUUAAGUAGGCUAGAGGUACAACGGCGUUAGGCUACUUCAGUAACCUACAGUACUUUAGGAAAUGUACUUAGCUACUUCGUACCAUUCUCCACGAGCCAUCAUAUCCGGAAAUGAAUUAUUUUAUCGAUUCACCAUGAGUUGGGAAUAGAUAGGUCACGUGAACACCUUCUCAUUAUCGUACAUUUUACGGGAAUACCACGGGCGCGUCAUAACCACAAGGUACAAAGUACCACAUUUACACAGAGAGAUACGGAGAGGGAGAGAGAGACAGCUGCGGCUGUGGAGAAGUGAACGUGGUGGAGCCGAGCUCACGGUGAAAGGAAACGUAGAAGUGAAAGAAGAAAGAAGCCACGGUACGUUGCACAGGCAGUUUUCGGGGCUUAGGGUGGAUCAUCCACGUUUAUAAAGGCAGCGCUGGUAUACUGACUUCCCUGUUUGUGAAGUUGAAUGCAUUGAAUCCGGUGACAGCCUCGACACAAACAGCAACAGACAUGAAGAAUGGGAAGAGCCCCCUGCAGCAGGCCCAGGACGAGGUGGAGGAGGUGAAGGUGAUUAUGAUGGACACCAUGAACAAGGCUGAUGAGCGAUCCGGCAAACUGCACGAACUAGAGGAUAGGGCUGAUUUGCUGCUGGAGAAGGGUAAAAGAUUUGAAAAGACCACUGCUAAGGUGGAGAAAAAGAAGAGAUGGGAGAACAAGAAGUUGAAAGUGGUGGUUAUUAGCAUCGGGGUGGUAGCAGCACUCGUCAUUGUUGGACUUAUAAUUUUUGCCAUUGUGGACGCUCUUGUGCCGAAAAACUGAAAAUGAGAUACUGGGAAUAACAGACAUAAAAGGUCUUGGAAAAGAGGAGUCCAGACAUCUCGAUGAGCUGCUUAGUUUGUAAUAUUUCUGUGUUCAGAGAUAUUUAUGGGAGUAUCAGUCCCAUGCUUCACUUGAUAUGGUACCACUGGUUGCUUGGCUGCUGCUUCUCCUUUUUUACACAUUUUCAAAGGUCAGGUCUCUGUCCGGCCCACAUGACACACCAGUGCAUGCAUGGAUUAAAUGUCUUAAAAAAGAAAAUUAAUAAUAUUUUGAACCAAGCAUCAUUAGGCUGCUACUGUUUGCUUGUACAUAGUGGUUCACAUUCCAGAGCACCUGUCAGCAGAGCUGAAAAUUGCCAGCACUGGUUGAUGAACCAAAGAUAAUCCACUUCAUCAAAGUACAUCAUCACAUUAUGAUCUGGGGAGAGAGAGAAUACACAGGAGAAAACAGAACAGGUGUCAAACUUGGUCUUUCAAUGGCUUAACUUG